AUGUCUGCCCCUCCUCAACUGAUCCACAUCAAGAGGAAGCGGGGCGAUGAAGAUGCUCCGGUAACCUACCUUCAACUCGAACCGGGAUCUAAACGACAUCUAGCCGGCAGCAGCUGGGUCUACCAGAGGCGUCUCGCCAAAGCAAGCGCCAGAUCCGCUGCCGCUGCCGCCGCGGCAGCACAGCACCCAUCGCAACCCUCCAUACCGGUCAUCCAGACGUCGAAGCCCGGCGACGAGAUCUCAAGCCCACAUCGCCCUCCUCACUCGGGCAGCCAUGCUCUUCCGACAGGAAAGGCAGCGGCAGCGGCAGCGCCGCCACCGCGGGCCCAACUCGAUGCGCAGAAGCCACUACCGCAGACCGCCUCCGAUAUGCAACGCCCCCAGAACCCCGCCACCGAGCCGAGACGAUUCCACAUGUCCAGGUCGGCCAUGAGCUCGCCUGGAGGCAGCACGAUACUCAAGGUCGGCGGUGUCUCCAAGCGAGGACGCUACGGGACGGCAGUCUUCGUAGAGCGGGGGAAGAAGAAGAGCGCACGCCGGGCUGCCACGUCGUCCGGCGGCACCACGCCGACAACGACGACUGCAGAAGGGCUUCCCGUUGACGUCGAGAUGAAGGAGGAUGAUAAGCGCGCGCCGAAGAAGCCCCUUGCCAGACGGCCCCCUCCUUCGCGAGAAGCCUCCGGGACGACAGCGACGAAGACGCUUGACGCUGAACCGCAGCGCAAACCCAUGCCCGGCGUGGCCCCUAACCAGGAUAUGAGCAAGAUUGCGGCCGACAUGGACCAGUGGGUCCUCCACGAGAUCGGACUGAAUCUCAAGGCCAUGGAGCAGCAGCCGCCGCGCUCACCGUCCGCCGCUGCAUCGCCUUCACGUUUCAAGCCCAAGGCGCCCGCUAAACGUUUUGCCGAGCGCCAUCCAGAAAUGGUCAAGAAGCUCGACGGCGGCGGCGAUGAAGCCAUGGCGGAGGCGAGCGAUGAAGAGGACGAGAGCGACGACGACUACGUCAUUGAGGUGUACGAGCUCGCGCCCUCGAAGCCGGUGUUGGCGGAGAUUCCGCCUGAGCAGAUUGGUGUGCUCAGGUUCGAUUCGCAGGAAGACUUGGAGCUGUUCUACGGCAACGAGGAUGAUGAUUCGGACCUCGACGACGAUGAGGACGAGAAUGCUGAGAACCACUACACGGCGGAUUACCCCGAAGACGAGGUCGAUUCCGAAGACGAGUAUGAUCGUCACGCCUACUUGUUCCGCAACGCCAACGCUUCGGACGAGGAGGAGUUUGACACGCGGGACCCGUACGAGGACGAGGACGACGAUAUGUACGUCAUGGAGGGCGAUGAGCGGCGUGAUGAGGAUGAUGUCUUCCAGGACAAGAUUCGGCGGUAUAUUCGCCAGCACGGCGAUCAUGAGGUGUACUAG